CUCUUUUCGACUUUGCUUUUGGGUUGAUUGUCACAUAAUUCGAAGACUCCCCUCAUACCCUCCUACCUCAUACCUCUUACCCUGCAUCUUGCACCGCUACGCCCGCUAUAUCCUCUUAAACCUUAUCACCCCACUCACCCUUUUACCGAAUCAUCUAGUCGUCCUCCACUAUCGCAGUGAAGGGUUCAUAUCAAGCAAACAGCACCAGGCCACGGGUAACGUUGAGCCCGACCCAAGCCUUACGGUAGCUACAAGGAGUGCUGCGGAGACCUUCGGGAAAACGCACCUCGGGAUCAUCGGGCACGUGAAGAGCUAGGCCCGGGAUCUUUUUGCUAGCAAAAGAACCUUUCCUCGGGUGCUUGUACAGCACACGAAUCCACCAUUUUGUACCGAUUCCCAUCGUCGUCUGGGAGUCCAUCCCCUCCCCCCAUCGUACCAUCGUCGCCCGAUCUGGCGCAUCAAAACCAACCCGGGCCCUCCGACCCCUACCUCGCCCUCCCACCGCCUGAAGACGAGAUCCCCGACCUCGACGAACUGCCCUCCGAACAACCACCCUCGCCUCCACCUCACACGCCUGCCCCUACCAUGUCAGGGCAUCACCGCAUCACCCUCGCCGCCAACCCCCCCUACUUCGAUGGCGACAAGUCCAAAUACCUGGGCUUUGUGGAUGCGUGCACCACUUACAUCGGUGCCUAUCGAUCGGAGUUCUCACAAGAUGAGACCAAAAUCCUCUUUGUCCUCUCCUACCUCCGUAACGAGAACGGCACGAGCUGCGCUGCCUCGAGAUGGGCGAUGAACUGGAAGCAGCACAACUUCGAUGGCUUCCAGGGACUGAAGGCAGGAGUCACAUCAAAGAACUUCCUGGAGGAGUUUCAGAGGGCGUUCGGGGACUCCAAUGCGGAACAAGUCGCCGCUGCUCGGCUUAUGGCCCUGCGUCAAAACAAACGAUCCUUCGCGGACUACAUCUCCGACUUUGAGAUGUUGGCCGCGGAUGCAGGCUACAAUGUGGUUGACACCACCGACGACAAAGGCGAAUACAAGAAGGGGGACCAGGAUAAUAUCCUCAUCGAGUUCCUGGAGCGCGGACUCAGCAGCGAGAUCGCCAGCCGUCUCUACAACACCGGUGUCCCUCUGCCCAAGGCCUAUGGAGCGUUCAAAGCCUGGUGCAUCAACAUCGAAGCCAAUGCUCUGCGUGACCAGCUGCGCAAAGCGUCGUAUGGGCACUCCACACAACGACCACCUCCCCAGUUCCGUCCCCAAACGGCACCAGUGACGCCCACACCCGCUCCGGCCCGACCCGCUGCCAACGAACCGGUUCCGAUGGAAAUCGAUCGUACCCACGCCCGCGGCCGCAAUAUCAUCUGCUACAACUGUCAGCAGCCUGGGCACAUUGCGCGGAACUGUCCGGAGCCAAGGAAGAAGCGCACAUUCUUCAAUCGGGCCACGAUGCUGGAAGAGAUCGAGAACGGGGACAAGGACAACGAGUUCCUCAAGGAGAUCGCUGAGAAGCUGCGCGAGAAGGGUUUUUGAAGCGCUCCACUCCUCUAGCCAAGGAGGUGGAGCGUCCGGACUAUGGACGAUUUUCUGUACUUGUUUCGAUUAAAGAUACGGACAAUAUUUCAUCUACAUACACGAUCUCAGACUCACUACGUACAAAUAUUCACGAUUUUCUUGUUGCCGA